AUGGUGGAAGAGCUCGAGAAUUCCGGAGGGAGUUUGCAUAAUUCCGAGUUAAUAUCAGAUGAUAGGCAGGACAACGACACUGAACCAAAAGAAUACUUGCCAGAAGCGAUGAGGUCGUCGUCGCCAGUACUAGCCGUCGGAUCUCCACGGCGGGCAACCGAGGUGGGAAAAGCCACAAAUAUCGUGGAAUGGGAGAAAGGUGACCGGGAGAAUCCACAUUCGUGGUCCUUCGCUCGCAAAAUCUACAUCACCAUGGUGAUAAACACGCUUCCCUUGGUGGUCAACAUCGGUUCCAGUAUAAUGAGCAGUGCAAGCACCGCAAUCGGAAAAGAAUAUUCUGUGGGCUCCGAGGUCACCACGCUGACGACAUCCCUCUAUCUCAUGGGUUAUGCCACUGGACCUUUCCUUUUCGGCCCCAUCUCGGAACGACUGGGAAGAAAAGUACCCCUGAUCAUCGGAUUGCUGGGGUUCGCCAGCUUCUGUUUGCCCAUUGCCCUGGCGCAAAACCUGUACACUGUCAUGAUAUGCCGGUUCUUCAUGGGAUUUUUCGGCUCCUCGUCGAUGGCCAUUACGGCUGGCGCGAUGAGUGAUAUCUGGAAUACCCUCGUGGGCCGGGGAAUCGGCGUCGAUUAUUUUGUUCUGAUGGCCUUUAUCGGACCAGUCAUCGGCCCCGUCCUGGGCGCGUUCGUCACCAAAAGUCAUCUCGGCUGGCGUUGGACGAUGUGGAUCAUGGCCAUUGUUGCAUUCACUGAUCUGAUAUUUGCAUUUCUCCUUCUCCCGGAGACUUAUGCGCCGGUUCUUCUCGCCAAGAAGGCUGCCAGGUUGCGGAUACAGACAAGGAACUGGGCUCUUCACAGCAGAUUGGAGGAAACAACGACCGACUUGAAAACACUGGCCAAGGUUUAUUUGGUUCGACCAUGGAUUCUUCUGGGAACCGAACCUAUUCAUCUCCUCAUUACGGUGUAUAUAUCCUUCGCGUACGCCGUCCUCUUUCUCUUCUUCGAGAGCUUUCCGAUCUCCUUCGUCGAAGAUCGGCAUUGGAAACCUCAGAUCGGAGCCCUGUCAUUCCUUGGUCUGCUGGUUGGCGCCCUCAUCGCAUUUGUCUUAGUUGCAUAUUACACCCUCACCGUCUACGCUCGCGAGGUUGCCUUGACGACGACUGGUGUCAUUGUUCCCGAACGACGUCUUCCCCCCAUGAUGGCGGGAGCUGUUGUCUUUCCCAUCGGGUUCUUCUGGUUUGCGUGGACGAGCGACCCCACAAUUCCCUGGCCCGCACAAGUCAUCUCCACUGCUCUUGUGGGCGCCGGUAUUUAUAUUGUCAUGAUCCAAGGACUCAAGUACCUAGUUGAUGUUUAUCUACUGGUCGCAAACAGUGCUAUUUCAGCCAACACCGCGGUGAGAAGUCUUACGGCGGCUGGGUUCCCUCUCUUCGCUAUCCCCAUGUAUCACAAGCUUGGGGUGGCUUGGGCGACCAGCCUUUUGGGAUUUUUGUCUUUAGUUAUGGUUCCCAUACCCGUCCUAUUUUAUGUUUAUGGCCAGAAGCUUCGUGCCAUGUCCAGAGGGGCUUUGAACACAUUAUGA